AUGCAUUUUCAUAUCCUCCCGAUCCUUUUGGGCGUCUCGUAUGUUCUUGCCGCCCCACUGAAUGUGUCCGGGCACAAGAACCUGCCAAACGGACUGAUCACCCCAAGUCCCAGCGAGCUGGAGACAAUCGAAGAGAAUGCACACGGUACUCUUCCCAACGGGCCUACUCCCCUCAGCAUCAGCGAAGGAGGCAUAGUCAGCCUCCAGAUGAUCGCAAUGAAUGCCAUGUUUGAGGUUUCCUUCUUCGAUGCUCUGAUCGAAAACAUCACUGCAGAAGUUCCCGGGUAUCGCUUCGCAAGUGACGAUGACAAGCAAUUCAUUCUGAGUGGUUUGGAAGUUAUCCUGGCUCAAGAAGAACUCCAAGUUCUGGAUUCCAACAACCACCUCGCCCAUUUCGGCAUCGAGCCAAUGCUUCCAUGCCAGUACUCGAUCCCCGUCAAUAACUUCGACGCAGCCAUUGAGAUUGCCGUCAAGUUCACCGACGUUGCCCUGGGAGUCCUGCAGGACGUGGUCGAACGAUACGCUUUGGGCAGUGACUUCACCUUGGCGCGCCAAAUCUCCUCCCUGAUCGGUGAGAAGGGCGAGCAACAAGGCUGGUUCCGCAUUAUGCAGGGCAAGGUCCCCAGCGAACUGCCGUACCCGACCACCGGCGAUGUCCACUUUGCCUUCAGUGCUGUUCAGAACUUCGCCAUUCCUGGCAGUUGUCCCAACGUUCACACCUUCCCUUUCGAGCCUUUCGAGCCAUUGCAUGUUAUUCGCAUUCCUGGUGCGCGAACUGGCAAUGUUUUGGUUUCCUUCGUUGAUCACCAGAAUAUCAGUGACAGCUCCCUGUGGAUGACCUAUAUCAACCAGCAGAAUUUGCCAGUUGUGGAGCCCUUGCAGGUUGUUACUCGGACAGGCAAUGAGGUUGUGGCGGAGGCUUUGUUUCCUUAUGAAGCGCAUGAGAUGAAUGGCUUGACCAUUGCUGCUGUUACCACGACUGAUGGACCUUUUGUAAAUUCCUAUGAGGUGACCAAGGUGACUCUUGCUGCACCUGGUCUUUUUGUUAUUAACUGA